UUCUUGUCUCUCUUUGCUUAACGAAUAUUAUUGUUGCCGGUACGUUGGCACUAACUUUGUGGUUAAGUUCUCAUUUAUUAACCUUAAAGCUUUGUUUGUUUUUGUGUAAAACAGCCCCAAAAUGGCAAAUAUGGUGCAUUGCCAGUUGUGGAUGGGCAGUCUGGAGCCCUACAUGACCGAAACGUUCAUAAUUUCGGCGUUUCGCAAAAUGGGGGAAAACCCCCUCAAUGUGAAAGUAAUGCGCAACAAAUUCACCGGCGAAGCCGCCGGUUACUGCUUCGUGCACUUCGCCAACGACGAGGAGGCAAUCGACGCCAUGCACAAGCUGAACGGCAAACCCAUUCCAGGGACCACCCCGGUUGUGAGGUUCCGACUCAAUAACGCAAGUAACACAGGGCGGACGCUUCUAGAUCGUGAGUUUUCAGUCUGGGUGGGCGAUUUGAGCCCCGAUGUUGACGAUUAUAACUUAUACAGAGUGUUUUCAUCCAAAUACAACACGAUUAAAACGGCUAAAGUGAUUUUAGACAGCAGUGGGUUCAGCAAAGGCUACGGUUUCGUGCGGUUUGGCAGCGAAGACGAGAUGAGGGACAGCUUGACCACGAUGAACGGGUACAUAGGGCUGGGGACCAAGGCCCUCAAAAUCUGUAACGCAGUCCCGAAGCCCAAGGGCGCGCUCACGACCGGGACCCCGUCCGCCACCAGCACCACCUCCACAUACACAGCAGCUGAUUAUAGCCAGUUUUACGAUCCCUCGACUUAUUGGCAAAAUUACGCCAAUUGGCAAACGGGUUACUACGAACAAGGGGACGGGACGGGUCAUGAAGCCUAUGACAUGUCGAACGUUAUGAUGGAGAAGAAGGAGGAAGAUUUGCUUGAAUUAAUUGAUCAUUCGCUUCCGCUUGAUGUCGACAAAAUCAACCGCGAACGUAUCGAGCAAGACUGCAAUCUCUGGGAUGCCCUCGAGAGUUCUAAAUGGUUACCGUGUGAGGCGCUAGAGGUCAACUGACGUUAAUUUAAUUGUUUAAUUACAAACUUACAAAAACACUAUCUAAUAUAAUAAAAUUACUUAAGGAAAA